GCCGUGCGCGGGGACGCCAGGGCUCCGCGUUUUGCAACCGGGGACUUCAGCGCCCCGAUUGCGGCGCCGCGGUGCUCGCCGACCCGGGCCGAGGACCAAGAGGGGCUCCGGGGCCCCCAAGGCCGGAGCCCACGAGGCCGGCCGCACUGCUGGUGCGCCGCGGGCGGCAGCUUCUGGAAGGGCUGAUUCGCGCGGGCAGCAGCCCCUAAAGCCGAGCCCCGAGGCUGAGGGGGACCGACGGGCGCCGAGAGUGGACGGACCGCGAGCAUGGGAAGAGACCAGUGCGCCGCGUCCGGCCCUGCCCUGCCACGGUGGCUGCUGCUGACGGUGACAGCGGGGGUCCUGGCCCAGAGCGUCUUGGCGGGUGUGAAGAAGUUUGAUGUGCCCUGUGGAGGGAGAGACUGCAGUGGGGGCUGCCAAUGCUAUCCUGAGAAAGGCGGGCGGGGUCAGCCCGGGCCAGUGGGCCCUCAGGGCUACACCGGGCCCUCGGGCCUGCAAGGAUUCCCAGGACUGCAGGGACGCAAAGGUGACAAAGGUGAACGAGGAGCUCCCGGAAUAACAGGACCGAAAGGAGACGUGGGAGCGAGAGGCGUUUCUGGAUUCCCUGGUGCUGAUGGAAUUCCCGGUCAUCCCGGGCAGGGGGGUCCCAGAGGAAGGCCCGGCUAUGAUGGCUGCAACGGAACCAGGGGUGACACAGGUCCACAGGGACCCUAUGGCUCUGAUGGCUUCCCUGGACUUCAGGGACCCCAAGGACCCAAAGGGCAGAAAGGCGAGCCUUACGCACUGUCUGAAGAGGACCGGGACCGAUACAGGGGUGAAUCUGGAGAGCCUGGAGUAGUUGGUUUCCAGGGGCCGCCUGGCCGCCCUGGGCCUGUGGGGCCGAUGGGCCCAGUGGGAGCUCCGGGAAGACCAGGACCACCCGGACCCCCUGGACCAAAAGGACAGCCCGUAAGUUGGUUGCUGGGAUGAGGGGGAGGGGAGGGGACUUGAGGUGACGUAGGACAGCCUGGACCCAAUGGGAUCCCAUCAGAGAACCUCCACCACCCCAUAGUGGGGCCCACGAAGACCACCUUCCUCCCAGACCAGUACAAAGGUGAGAAAGGCAGUAGGGGAGAACCAGGGAUAAAGGGCAUUUCCUUGAAGGGAGAAGAAGGAACCACGGGCUUCUCAGGAGCAAGGGGUGCCCCCGGCUUUGAUGGUGAAAAAGGACCCCCAGGACAGAAAGGAAGCAGAGGCCUGGAUGGUUUUCAAGGCCCUGAUGGACCCAGAGGACCCAAGGGACAAGCAGGUGACCCAGGACCCCCAGGACCACCUGCCUACUCGCCACAUCCUUCCCUGGCAAAAGGUGCCAGAGGUGACCCAGGAUUCCCGGGGUCCCAUGGGGAGCCUGGAAGCCGGGGUGAGCAGGGAGACCCAGGCCCUCCAGGCCGCCCUGGCAUUUCCAUCGGAGAUGAAGAUGUGAAGAGGGGCCUGCCCGGCGAGAUGGGACCCAAAGGCUUUGUAGGAGACCCAGGCAUCCCCGCACGCUACCCAGGCCCACCCGGAGCAGAUGGAAAGCCAGGGCUCCCAGGACUUCCUGGGCCUGCUGGAGAACCUGGACCCGAUGGGUUCCUGUUUGGCCUCAAAGGAGCAGAAGGAAGAGCAGGCUUCCCUGGGCCCUCUGGCUUUCCUGGGACCCGAGGACAGAAGGGCUGGAAAGGUGACUCUGGGGACUGCAGAUGUGAAGGUGAUGCAUUUGUCCCGGGCCUUCCUGGACUGCCCGGACCCAAGGGCUUCCCCGGUGUCAAUGGGGAGCCUGGAAGGAAAGGAGAGCCAGGCGACCCUGGACCGCACGGCAACCCCGGGUUCCCAGGGUUCAAGGGAACCCCUGGCAAUAUCGGUGUUCCUGGGCCCAAAGGAGCCAAGGGAGAUUCCAGAACAAUCACAACCAAAGGUGAGCGGGGACAGCCAGGCAUCCCGGGUGUGCCGGGGAUGAAAGGUGACGAUGGCCCUACAGGACGCGACGGGCUGGAUGGAUUUCCUGGCCUCCCGGGCCCUCCCGGUGAUGGCAUCAAAGGCCCCCCAGGGGACCAGGGCUAUCCAGGAGCACCCGGGACCAAGGGCCUUCCAGGAGAUGUGGGGCCUCCAGGACUGGGUUUACCGGGCCCGAAAGGCGAACGCGGCUUCCCUGGAGAUGCUGGAUUGCCAGGGCCACCAGGCUUCCUGGGACCUCCUGGGCCCCCCGGCACCCCAGGACAAAUAGAUUGUGACCCUGGUGUGAAAAGGCCCAUCGGAAAGGAUGGACAAGAGACCAUCCAGCCAGGUUGCAUUGGAGGGCCCAAGGGACUGCCCGGACUGCCAGGACCCCCAGGCCUCACAGGUACCAAAGGCCUCAGAGGGAUACCAGGAUUCCCAGGAGCCGAUGGAGCACCAGGGCUCAAGGGCUUUCCAGGAGAUCCAGGUCGUGAAGGGUUCCCAGGACCCCCAGGGUUCGUGGGACCCCGAGGAUCCAAAGGUGCAAUGGGCCUUCCUGGCCCAGAUGGAUCCCCAGGUCCCAUUGGUCUGCCGGGGCCAGCCGGGCCCCCAGGGGACAGGGGCCUUCCUGGAGAAGUCCUGGGAGCCCAGCCCGGGUCUCGAGGAGACGCAGGACUGCCCGGACACCCUGGGCUAAAAGGCCUCCCUGGAGACAGAGGGCAUCCAGGAUUCCGAGGGAGCCAGGGGAUGCCAGGAAUGCCGGGAUUGAAGGGCCAGCUGGGCUUCCCCGGACCUUCCGGCCAGCCAGGACUGCCCGGGCCUCCAGGACAACAUGGAUUCCCCGGACUUCCUGGCCAAGAGGGACCCUUGGGGCUGCCAGGUGCCCCUGGUUUUGGAGGUCUUCCUGGGGACCGAGGGGAGCCCGGGGACACAGGUGUCCCCGGCCCGGUGGGCAUGAAAGGAGUCUCUGGUGACAGAGGAGAGGCCGGGCUGCCUGGCGAGCGAGGCCAUCCAGGAAGCCCAGGAUUCAAGGGAAUGGUCGGGAUGCCUGGCACCCCUGGGCUGAAAGGAGACAGAGGCUCCCCUGGGAUGGAUGGUUUCCAAGGCAUGCCUGGACUCAAAGGAAGAUCUGGGUUUCCAGGAAGCAAAGGGGAGCCUGGAUUUUUUGGAGUUCCCGGUCUGAAGGGUCUGGCUGGCGAGCCAGGUGUUAAAGGCAGCCGAGGGGACCCCGGCCCCCCAGGACCACCUCCCAUCAUCUUGCCAGGAAUGAAAGACAUUAAAGGGGAGAAAGGAGAUGAAGGGCCCAUGGGGCUGAAGGGUUACCUGGGCGUGAAAGGUAUCCAAGGAAUGCCGGGGAUCCCUGGGCUGUCAGGAAUCCCUGGGCUACCUGGGAGGCCCGGCUACAUCAAAGGAGCCAAAGGUGACAUCGGCAUUGCCGGCGUACCCGGCCUGCCAGGAUUGCCUGGGCUGAGUGGCCCCCCUGGAAUCGCAGGGUUCCCAGGGUUCACAGGAAGCCGGGGUGAGAAGGGUGCUCUGGGGAGAACAGGCCUUUACGGCGAAGUCGGUGCUACUGGUGAUUUUGGUGAUAUUGGGGACACUGUGGACUUACCGGGGCGGCCAGGCCUGAAGGGCGAACGUGGCAGUGCUGGGACAUCAGGUCCAAAGGGAUUCUUUGGAGAGAAGGGCACGGAGGGUGACAUCGGCUUUCCUGGGAUAACAGGCAUGCCUGGAGUUCAAGGCCCUCCAGGGCAGAAAGGACAGACAGGCUUCCCAGGGCUGACAGGGCUGCAGGGGCCGCAAGGAGAGCCUGGCCGGAUUGGACUGCCUGGCAGCAAGGGUGACGACGGCUGGCCCGGGGUGCCUGGCCUACCAGGUUUCCCCGGAAGCCGAGGGAUCGGUGGGUUACACGGCUUGCCAGGCACCAAAGGCCUUCCAGGAUCCCCAGGGGCGCGAGGCCCAGCUGGGAGUCCAGGACUUCAGGGGUUCCCUGGCAUCACACCCCCGUCCAACAUCUCUGGGCCACCAGGAGACAAAGGGGCGCCAGGCAUAUUUGGCCUGGAAGGGUACCAAGGCCGCCCAGGGGCACCGGGGCCUGCUGCUCUUCCUGGAACCAAAGGAGACGUGGGAAACCCCGGAGCUCCCGGAGUCCCAGGGACCAAAGGAUGGGUUGGGGACCCAGGGCCCCAGGGAAGGCCUGGCGUGUUUGGCCUCCCAGGGGAGAAAGGGCCCAGGGGUGAGCAGGGACUCAUGGGCAGCACUGGAGCCACCGGGACUGUGGGUGACAGAGGCCCCAGGGGACCCAAAGGAGACCCAGGAUACCCUGGUGCACCUGGCCCUGCAGGAUCUCCAGGGAUUGCAGGAGUCCCCCCAAGGAUCGCGGUGCAGCCUGGGACAGUGGGUCCCCAAGGGAGGAGAGGUCUUCCGGGGGCACAGGGCGAGAUGGGGCCCCAGGGCCCCCCUGGAGACCCAGGUCUCCGUGGGGCCCCAGGGAAGGCCGGGCCCCAGGGAAGAGGCGGUGUGUCUGCAGUUCCAGGCUUCCGUGGGGAUCAAGGGCCUGUGGGGCACCAGGGGCCAAUUGGCCAAGAAGGUGCACCGGGCCGCCCAGGGAGCCCGGGCCUGCCGGGGAUGCCAGGCCGCAGCGUCAGCAUCGGCUACCUCCUGGUGAAGCACAGCCAGACGGAGCAGGAGCCCAUGUGCCCCGUGGGCAUGAACAAACUGUGGAGCGGCUACAGCCUGCUGUACUUCGAAGGCCAGGAGAAGGCCCACAACCAGGACUUGGGGCUGGCGGGCUCCUGCCUGGCACGCUUCAGCACCAUGCCCUUCCUGUACUGCAACCCCGGCGAUGUCUGCUACUAUGCCAGCCGCAAUGACAAGUCCUACUGGCUGUCCACCACCGCCCCGCUGCCCAUGAUGCCUGUGGCCGAGGAUGACAUCAAGCCUUACAUCAGCCGCUGCUCUGUGUGCGAGGCCCCGGCUGUCGCCAUCGCCGUCCAUAGUCAGGAUGUGUCCAUCCCCCACUGUCCAGCCGGGUGGCGCAGUUUGUGGAUAGGAUAUUCCUUCCUCAUGCACACCGCGGCAGGGGACGAAGGCGGCGGCCAGUCUCUGGUGUCACCGGGCAGCUGUCUGGAGGACUUCCGCGCCACGCCGUUCAUCGAGUGCAACGGGGGCCGCGGGACCUGCCACUACUAUGCUAACAAGUACAGCUUCUGGCUGACCACGAUCCCAGAGCAGAGCUUCCAGGGCUCGCCCUCGGCCGACACGCUCAAGGCCGGCCUCAUCCGGACGCACAUCAGCCGCUGCCAGGUGUGCAUGAAGAACCUGUGAGGCCCGCGCCUGCCCGCCGGCUCACGCCUGGAGCCACAUGGUGCUUACUCUUAACCUGUUACCUCAGAUACCAACCCAAAAAUUGAUUGUAUUUUUUUCUAAAAAAAAAAAAGGCUACCAAAGGAAUCCAGCACCAGCACUCCUGCCAGCUAGCCCCUUUGUCACUGAGCGGGUGCUGGCCACUCUCCCCUUCGUCACUGGCCACUGUCCGGGUCAGCUGCAGGGUGAGGUGCAGCCUUGGUGGGACACUCAGCCCUUCCAGCUAGAAAGCUGUCCCAGCCGGAGUAUGUGCUGUGAGCCCACGCUGAGCAGGGCCACUGGGCCCCCUCACUGCUUCCUAUACCUGUGUAGUCCCCACGCUUCCCCGAUGACUCACAAAGCAACCCAGAUAGAAAUGAGAGGCCAGCCUCAGCCAGGAGCACGGCGGCUGCUGAACCAGUCAAGGAGGCUUCCUGGGACCACCUGGCUGUUUUCUAAGCCGGCAUUUUGCUAGCACCGUUUCUCCCAGAGACAGCUGAUGUGCGUUCUCCUAACCUCAACAAGACAAGAAACACUGACAGCCACACACAGCCACUCAGUUUGGCAGAGCUCACGUGGUAGCAGAGCUUUCUCACCGUGCCUUGUCAAACCACCACCUGCAGGUGUUCUCUAUAGAGCCCACAGUGACGCUCCCUCUGCCCCAAGUGUCCUGGAGAGCUCACCCUCUGUUCUCUGGCUGAGCUGUGCUCCUCUGACUGCGCUAUCCUAUGUAACAGCCACCAAAUAAAAGUUCUUUUUGAAUAUUUUUAAACCCCAA